UCUCUGUACGCUGCUGGAGAGGAGAAGUGGGGGACGGAUGAAGCCAUCUUCAUCAUGCUGCUGGGCAACCGCAGCAUAACCCACCUGCAGCUAGUGUUUGAUGAGUAUCAGAAGAUUGCUGAGAAAUCGAUCGAGGACAGUAUUAAGAGUGAACUGUCGGGAGACUUCGAGAGGCUCAUGCUGGCUGUCGUGCAGUGUAUUCGCAGUCGUCCCAUGUUUUUCGCCAAACGCCUCUACAAGUCAAUGAAGGGUUUAGGUACGGCUGAUAACACUCUGAUCCGGAUCAUGAUCUCUCGUUCUGAGAUCGACAUGCUGGACAUUCGAGAAUGUUUCAGGCUACACUAUGAGAAAUCCCUAUACAAUAUGAUUCAGGACGACACAUCUGGAGAGUACAAGCGUACUUUGUUAAAGCUGUGUGGAGGAGAUGAUGAUUUAGCAGGGGAGUUUUUCCCUGAAGCUGCACAGCUCGCUUACAAGAUGUGGGAGAUCAGCUCCAUGUCCAAGGUCCAGGUCUGUAACACCUAAUU